AUGGAUUACAUCGUUCUUACCGGAGAGUCCUGCUUCACGGUCUCUGAGGCCAAGAAGUUAAAGGACCGUAUUAACCAGAGCUCUACUAAAGUUACCAACAUCAUAGGUUCUUGGAUUUAUUACGCGCAUAUCAAGGGGAACAAGACUGCGGUCCAGCCAAAACUUGAAGAGUUGCUCCCUUUACCUGAUCGUUCAGGUCCUCCACCUUUAACGCACAUCGGCUAUACUCGUACGUAUUAUGUUGUGCCGAGGAACAUCUCGCCAUGGAGCUCCAAGGCGACCAAGGUCUGUGAAGUGUGCGGCCUCAAGGACCAAGUUCAUCGAAUAGAACGAGCCCGGUCCAUCACUGUAGAAUUCGAACAACCUUUCAACAGUGAUGAAAUCCCGUUCCGGGACAUGCUUUCUGAUCGCAUGACGGAGAUUAUAUCUCUAGAUCAGCCAGACCUUGACUCCAUGUUCAUUGAACGCCAACCUCUAGCACUCGAGGUUGUCGAUAUCUUUUCCGGAGAACAGAGCCCUCUCGACAUGCUCAAGACUUAUAAUCUUAAGCAUGGACUAGCCCUAGAUCAAUCCGAGAUGGAGUACCUAGUUCAAGAAUUCACUCAGCUCGGACGACCGCCGAACGAUAUUGAACUUUUCAUGUUUGCCCAAGUGAAUUCGGAGCAUUGUCGCCAUAAGCAAUUCAAUGCAAGAUGGACCAUAGAUGGCAUAACUAAGGAUUUGAGUCUUUUCGACAUGAUCCGAAACACACACAGGACGACACCCGAUUACACCGUCUCGGCUUAUAGCGACAAUGCUGCAGUAAUGCAAGGUGAGGUGGGAAGUUAUUGGGCCCCCGAGUAUACGACCGGAUCUUGGAAGCUUAAUAAGGAGGUCGUCCAUGUAUUAGCUAAAGUUGAGACCCAUAACCACCCUACUGCUAUCUCUCCCUUUCCGGGUGCUGCUACUGGAUCAGGUGGCGAAAUCCGCGAUGAAGCUGCUGUUGGAAGAGGGUCAGUUACAAAAGCAGGUCUCUCAGGAUUUUGGGUCUCCGACCUUCUCAUUCCGGACCACCGGGGCUGGGAGAUUGAUAUUGGCCGCCCAGCGCAUUAUGCAAGCAGCCUGGAUAUUAUGCUUGAAGCACCCAUUGGCUCAGCUCGUUUCAACAAUGAGUUUGGUCGUCCUGCUCUGGCCGGAUGUUUCCGUACACUCUUGACAAAUGGCACAAGCAAAAGCGAUUCGAAUUCCUCGGAAGAAACUGAAUGGCGAGGCUAUCACAAGCCAAUCAUGAUCGCGGGUGGACUUGGUACGGUCAGACCAGGCCAUGCACUCAAGAACAAGAGUGAUGUACAUGAAGGGGCUCAUGUCAUCGUACUUGGCGGCCCUGCUAUGCUUAUCGGACUCGGUGGUGGUGCUGCAUCUAGCAACGCUUCAGGGGAGGGAACUGCCGAUCUUGAUUUCAACAGUGUGCAGAGGGGAAAUCCCGAGAUGCAACGCCGAGCCCAAAUGGUUAUCAACGCAUGCGUUAGUCUAGGGGACGCGAGCCCUAUCGCAAUGAUACAUGACGUGGGAGCUGGUGGACUAUCUAAUGCCCUUCCAGAACUGGUCAAGGAUGCCGGGUUUGGAGGCAAAUUUGAACUCCGCCAAGUCGAAAGUGCAGAUGGGAGCAUGAGUCCUCUUCAAAUAUGGUGUAAUGAAGCACAGGAACGCUACGUGUUGUUGGUCAAUAGUGAAGGAAUGAACCGGUUUGUUAGCAUAUGCAGACGUGAACGCUGCGGCUUCUCAGAUGUCGGCACUGUAGUGUCCGAAGAUGAAGGUGGCAUACCGAAGCUUAUCCUAACUGACAGAGACACAAAGGAGAAGGUAUCAUCACGACCGAUUGAUCUCCCCAUGUCAACUCUGUUUCCCCCAGGCCGUCGACUACAGCGUAUAGUCAGCUCUCACAAACCAAACCUACCAGUGUUUGAAGCAGUCCCUAGCCUUAAAGCCGCAUUUGGAGACAAGCUAUCUGAUGCUGAGCUACUGAGAAACGCUGUACAGAAAGUUUUCUGGAUGCCAGCCGUAGGGUCAAAGUCAUUUCUCAUAACCAUUGGAGACCGAAGUGUCGGUGGUCUUACCGCGAGAGACCAGAUGGUAGGGCCUUGGCAGACGCCUGUAGCAGAUGUCGCAGUUACAGCUACGUCAUUUAACAUAGGAACGAAAACGAGACAUGGUGAGGCUAUGGCGAUGGGCGAGAAGCCAACAAUUGCCUUAAUAUCAUCUGCCGCAUCUGCUCGCAUGGCAGUUGCAGAAAGCUUGUUGAACAUCGGCGCCGCCGAUAUCAUGGGCGAUCUACGAAGGGUCAAGCUAUCCGCUAACUGGAUGGCAGCCGUGAAUCAUCCAGGAGAAGGAGCUGCUCUUUAUGAUGCCGUUGAGGCGAUUGGACUUGACAUGUGUCCUCGACUCGGCAUCAGUAUACCAGUGGGCAAAGAUUCGACCUCUAUGAAGGCAACUUGGAAAGAUCGCGAGAGCGAGAAGACCAAGAGCGUGACUGCGCCAGUAUCAGUCGUUAUCUCAGCAUUUACCAUCGUUGAUGAUAUCAGGAAGACUUGGACCCCGCAACUUCGGCAAGUUGAAGACGUAGGAGACUCAGUUCUUAUGUUUGUCGACUUAGCCAAAGGCAAGAAAGCGAUGGGAGGAUCUGCUCUUGCCCAAUCAUUCGGCUACGUCGGCAAUGAGGCACCAGACGUACGAGAUGUGGACCUCAUUGCAGAUUAUUUUGAUGCCCUAUCUCAGCUACAUCAAAGUGGCAUUGUCCUUGCCUAUCACGAUAGGUCCGAUGGAGGGCUCCUUACCACUGUGGCCGAGAUGAUGUUCGCUGGAAGAUGCGGAGUUGAUCUGAUGAUGGACGGAAUCUCUAACUCUGGUUCAAUUGUCGACAUGGUUGAUGCAUUGUUUAACGAAGAGUUAGGCGCCGUGUUCCAAGUGCGAGCAUCGGAUGAGACGAACUUCAAGAGAUGCUUCGCAACCUGUGGACCGCCCCCAGGCUUGAUCAAGAAAUUUGGCAGUGUCCAGCCUAGGUCGAAGCAAACCUUGACAAUCCGGUACGGCAUAACACCCUUUGUCAGUCUCGAUAGAAGAGAGAUUCAACAAUGGUGGGCCAAGACUUCGUUUGAGAUGCAGAAACUUAGGGAUAACCCUUCCUGCGCUGAGUCUGAGUAUGCCAGUAUUCUGGACCGAAAUGAUCCGGGCCUCUCUUACAAACUUACCUUCCAACCCUCUGAUCCGAUCCUACCUAUUACAGCGUCUAUCGCUGGUUUCUUCGGCAAGACCCCGCGAGUGGCCAUUCUACGGGAACAAGGCGUCAAUGGAUACGCUGAAAUGGCAUUUGCAUUCAAAGCAGCAGGAUUUGAUCCUGUCGAUGUGAUGAUGACGGAUAUUAUUUCCGGGCGCUCGUUGUCAGACUUUGUGGGAUUGGCUGCUUGUGGUGGCUUCUCCUACGGUGAUGUGCUAGGAGCCGGACAGGGCUGGGCCAAAUCCAUUCUCAUGCACGAAAAUGCUCGGAAGGAAUUUGAAAGCUUCUUCAAGAGGCAGGAUACAUUUGCACUUGGUGUCUGCAAUGGUUGCCAGAUGCUCUCUCGCAUCAGGGAGCUCAUACCUGGCACAGAACACUGGCCAAUUUUCGUAGAGAACACAAGUCAACAGUUUGAGGCACGGUUUAGCAUGGUCAAAAUUGAGGACAACCGAGCGAAGCCUUCAGUCUUCCUUCACGGCAUGGAUGGAUCGUCCUUACCAAUUGUGGUCUCCCACGGUGAAGGAAGGGCGUCAUUCUCUUCGCCCAACUCAAUUCGCGCGCUUGACGCGGCGGGUAUGAUUCCCAUCCGAUAUGUUGACAACUACCUGGAUGUAACGGAAACGUAUCCAGUCAACCCGAACGGUAGUCCUGAGGGUAUUGCUGGCGUAAGCAGCGAGGACGGUCGUGUGCUAGCUAUGAUGCCUCAUCCCGAGCGUACAGCGCUAGCAGAUACGGCAUCAUACGCACCACCUGCUCUUCUCGAGCAGUGGGGUGAAUUUGGCCCCUGGAUCAGGAUGUUCAGAAGCGCUCGAAGAUGGGUUGGAUAUGUUUAA